UCAAAUUUGUACCUAAGUACAGUACUUGAGUGAAUGUACUUAGUUAUUAGGCUACAUUCCACCACUGAUUGAAUGUAUGAAGUAAGGUCAUCUGUGAAUGAACGGUGUUAACUAACGCUGAUAACAGCCGGAGUAUUAGUGCGGUGUUGGUACUCCGUCCAGCAGCUGGCGCUGUCAAUAUCCACUUUUCAACACCACCAAAGCAGUGAGAGCAGUCUUGGCCCAAAUUCCUUAGUUCAAGCUGUUUUUCUAACAUCAACGGUUGUCCUUGUCUUUUGUUGAAGCUUAUUAAAGCUCAGUUUUGGCAUUUUACUAUUCUAGUACUUCAUUUUCGAGAUAACAGCAUAUAAACAGUUGUCCCGCGAUGCGACAGAGGAAGAGGUAACGGUUCGUUUGAGCCGCUGGAGUAACGUAGCUAUCUAGCUACGUAAACAGUCUGGUAACGUCAGCUGCCAUGCUAAGCUAUCUAAAAACAGCAUUUAACGCUAGCCAUCAUCUUACAGUGCCAAAGGGGUUAGGUUAUCGAAUGCUAGGCAUUGUCUUUCCGCAAAAGAAGUCAAUAUGUGAGCCAAGUUAAAGUAUCUGGUACUGAAAAUGUGUCAACAGUCGGGCGAGGUGGGGCUUCUCCAACAGGCAGUUGGACUUUAUUAAAUAAGGUUAACGUUACUGUGCUGUCAGGAAAGUAACAGUCUGCAUACCGGUCUGUUCUAACCUAUCUAGCAAUUUCUCCACAUUGUUUCUACUUUACAGAGUGUACUGACUGCAUAAACCGUAAUAGAGAGAGAGACUGACUGAAGGAUGAAUCCAGUCGACUGGGAUGCUAUUCUUCGGACAGUCCAGAAAAAUCUGGACCCAAUUCACCAGAAUUAUGUUAAUGACAGCAUGGAGAAUGCCCCAAGAACGAAUAACGACAGGGACACUUACUGCGAAUAUUCGAGGCACACUUUUGAUGCUCCGCAAAGCAGCACGGGAUGGGAGGGAGUCAGUCCUCCUCUCUCGCUUAACUUAUAUAUAAAGGACUCAGAAGUCGAGGACCCAGAUGGAGCGCCACUUGAACUGGAGGAAGAGGAUCCAGAGCUGGCGAGAAAGCGGAAAGAGCUUAGAGAGAUAGAGGAGCGGAUACUACUUAAGAAAGCUGCUAUUGCUCUGAAAUCUGUUGAACCGCUUGUGAAGAAGACCACACUUUCAGACUCUUCCUGUAAUGAACAAUCAUCUGCAUGCAAAGGUGCAACUCUUAAAGACAGGGUGAAUGUCAUUUUGCAGCAGCGACAUCCUGCCGGCUUCCUGUCAAAGGUGCGGUCUCCCAGAGAGAGAAUGAACUCCUCCAGGCUGAGCAGAGAUGGUCUGCUGCAGGAUCACCAUCCCCUGAAGCUCAGAGUGAAAGCACUCAUGAAGCACAGAUGUAGUGAUCCCUGUGUUUUGCCAGCAAGCAGAGAGGCCACUGACGUCCCACCGCCUCCUCCCAGCCGAAGCGAUACUUCCCCAGCCGAGCAACAGAACGGCGUCAACGAGGGUUUCCAGCUCUUCCUCAGCGUGCUUAACAAAGGCGUGGAUUUCGACUUCCUCAACAGGAUCGUCACCAAUGACAGCGAGGACCUUCCUUUAGGCGAGGAGCUCCUGAACAUUCACCCCGCUGCUGCGGAGAACCAGUCCGACCCACCCUUCGGGAGCGAGAGCGAGCGAUUGAAUGGUGGAGUGUCGCUGCCAGGCCACAGUCGGACCAACAGCGGAGAGAGGAAGACUGACCCGCCCAGUCAAGAGAGAUCCCUCAAUGAGACCCUACCUGAUGAUGGAGAGAAGAAGGACGACAGAGGAGAAGCAAAUAGUCAAUCCAGGUCUCCCUCGGCAGGGAAAAACAAUAAGAAGAGCGAAGAAGAAAAACCAAAGGUGGAUGAGCAGAGCGCACAGCUCCAGAACAUUCUUAAAACCCUGGGGCUGAGCCUGGAAGUGGAAGAGAUGAGCAAACUAGCAGACCGGACUCAGGAGAGGCUGUAUGGUAAGAAGCAUGGAGACAGAAGGGCUGACCGCAGAGGGGAGCAGGAGAGUCAGCAGAGGGGCUCCCAAAGGCAUUACAGUCACUCCUCCUCUUCUUCCAGGUCCACUAGGCCUAGAAGCUUUAGUCCCAGCCCCUCUCGCCGUCGGUGCUCCCACAGCAAAGACUCCAAGCGAAGGUCUGAACACAGCCACUCGAGAGAAAAAAGCAGAGACGGACCGACAUGCCAAGACCAUAACCGGGACAGAAGAGAAGCACAGAGGUGCAGGGACGAAGACCGAGACGGAGAAUACCUCACAGAAAUCUCUACUUAUCAACCUCCAUAUCCAAUGUAUCCCCAGCCCCACCCUAGUGCUUUUUCUGAAUAUUCAGCCUACAGUUUGUCCCAGGACUCGGAGCACACUGCUUACCACAGCGGCACUUACAGCGCUGCUACAGACUCUUACUGGACACAUACUCAGGAUGCCAUUCCUCGCUCCCUUUAUCCCAGCGAGGGUCCUUAUCCACAAAACACCUACUGUCCCUUUCCUGGCUCCGUCGUGGCACCUAACGUGGUUUACCCUCAUCGCAGAUCUCUCAAAGACAUGAACUGGUUUGUGAAUCCUGACCUGUCUCAGAGCGAAGGCCAAAGUGGAUCUGUUUCUGGCCUUCGCUGCCUGCAGGUCAUCAAGACUAAGACCACCGAGAGCAAUUUAAAGCAACUCACAUCAGGCAAAAUGCGAAGGGGGACCGCGGAAUCUAAGUUGAAGAGCAGACGUAAACGCUGGGCAAGGAAAAAACAGCUUCGAAAAAUGGCAAAAAUUGCAGCAAAACAAGAGAAACAGAGUGCAAAUUCGGUGGAGGUGGAGAAGGCUCUACAGCUCGAUGAAGAUGACUCGGAAGCCGAGCUGUCGGAAGAAGAAAAACAGCCGCCAACAGAGACGGAAAUAAAGGCGAACCUGAGGAAAACGCUUGAAUUAUUUAACCAGAAGGUGAAGCAAAAAGUGCCACAGCCAGCCAUCUUCCUGACCCCUCAGAUUGAGUAAAGGAUUAAGCUGCUAGCUAAUCCGUAUUUUCCACCGGGCCAUUCAAGUCAAUGUUUGAUAUUCCACCACCCGCGCCGUGGUGCGUCCCAGGAGCAUUCAGACAGUCGGGGAGGACGUGAAACAGCAAGAGUGUCCAGUCAAUUUAAUAUGCGAUCAGUUCAGGCAGGAAAGACGCUCUGCUUCUGAGACGCUCCCGGUGUGUUAUGGAGCGUUGCGGAGGAUGGAACGCAGCCAGAACGCAGCACAGACGUGCCCAGUGGAAAAUGUGGUUAAAUGUGUGCUGGAAGCGAGCAGUCUGUGUGUAGAGGUCUGUAUGGUUACACUGUAGUAGCCUGGUGUCGUUUUCAGGCGAUUUGAUAAAGGUAAACAUAGUACGGCCGUGCAUAAUGCCAAUACAGUGAGGCGCUGGCUGGCUGAGCAUUCAUUUACACACACUGCGUCGGUCGUACUGUUAAGCGGUGGCUAUCAGAAAAUGUAAACACUACUGUAUGAGGUUAAAAUACGAAACACAUGCACUGAACUGCCCAGGAUUUUGUGUCCUGCAACUAGGGGUGGGCGAUAUA